AUUGGGUCAAAAACGGACACUUUUAAGCGAUUUUUAAUUGAACCGUUUGUUCCCCAUACUCCAAAUGAAGAACAUUACCUAUGUAUGUACACGCAUAAGGCGGGCGAUUUUGUUCUUUUCUGUGCUCAAGGGGGAAUCGACAUUGGGGAUGUUGACUCAAAGGUAUGGUUUUUAUCUGAAUAUUGUGUUAAGUCCUCUUAUAUUAAUACAAUUUAAAUUUUUGGCUCUACGUUGUUCUUUUUAUUAA